AAAGAGGAAAAAUAAAAGAAUUACAUUUGAGGAGAAAAAGUAAAGUGAUUUGAGUUGGUUUUAGUCAGCAGCCAUAACUACCAAAACCUAGAACAAACAUUGGUUGUGUUCCCCCGUUUUCUCAGUCACCAUGGCCGCAGCAGCAGCAGCCACUCUCUCCUCUUCCUUCUCCAAACCCUCCUCUCUUCCUUUUCACACCCACUCUUACUCUUUCCCCACAACCCUACCAACAGUCCCCACUCCCCCUCGCGCCGCCGUCGUCAAAACCCCUCUCAUCGUUUACUCCAAAAACCCCAUUUCCGACAUCGUCUCCUCCACCGAGUCACGCUCCGGAGGCGCCUGGGACGACGAGAAGCCGCGCGAGGAGUGCGGCGUGGUGGGCAUAUACGGCGACCCUGAGGCCUCGCGCCUUUGCUACCUCGCCCUCCACGCGCUUCAGCACCGCGGCCAGGAAGGCGCCGGAAUCGUUACGGUUCACAACAACGUCCUCCAAUCCAUCACCGGCGUUGGUCUCGUUUCCGACGUGUUCAACCAGUCGAAGCUGGACCAGCUCCCCGGCAGCCUCGCCAUCGGCCACGUCCGCUACUCCACCGCCGGCCAAUCCAUGCUCAAAAACGUGCAACCCUUCGUUGCCGGCUACCGCUUCGGCUCCGUCGGCGUGGCCCACAACGGCAACCUCGUCAACUACCGCACCCUCCGAACCAACCUCGAGGACAGCGGGUCCAUCUUCAACACUACCUCCGACACCGAGGUUGUUCUCCACCUCAUCGCCACUUCCAAACACAGACCCUUCAUUUUGAGAAUCGUUGACGCCUGUGAAAAGCUCGAAGGGGCUUAUUCAAUUGUCUUCGUCACCGAGGACAAGCUUGUCGCCGUUCGCGACCCCUUCGGAUUCAGACCUUUGGUUAUGGGAAGGAGAAGUAACGGGUCUGUGGUUUUCGCUUCUGAAACCUGCGCUCUUGACCUUAUUGAAGCGACUUAUGAGAGAGAGGUUUACCCUGGUGAGGUUCUUGUUGUGGAUAAAAACGGUAUUCAGAGUCUAUGCCUCAUGUCUCAUCCUCAACCCAAACAAUGCAUUUUUGAACAUAUUUACUUUGCACUUCCCAAUUCGGUUGUUUUUGGGAGGUCUGUGUAUGAGUCUCGGAGACAAUUUGGGGAGAUUUUGGCUACUGAGAGUCCUGUGGACUGUGAUGUUGUGAUUGCUGUGCCUGAUUCUGGUGUUGUGGCUGCGCUUGGUUAUGCCGCCAAAGCUGGGGUUCCGUUUCAGCAGGGUUUGAUUAGGUCACACUAUGUUGGGAGGACUUUCAUUGAGCCCUCUCAGAAAAUUAGGGACUUUGGUGUGAAGCUGAAGCUAUCGCCCGUUCGUGCCGUGCUUGAAGGUAAACGUGUUGUGGUUGUGGAUGAUUCCAUUGUGAGAGGAACCACGUCGUCCAAGAUUGUUAGGCUGCUGAAGGAGGCCGGUGCUAAGGAGGUUCACAUGAGGAUUGCGAGUCCUCCCAUUAUUGGUUCUUGUUACUAUGGUGUGGAUACUCCUAGCUCCGAGGAGUUGAUUUCCAAUAGGAUGAGUGUGGAGGAGAUAAGAGACUUUAUCGGGUCGGAUUCACUGGCCUUUUUGCCUUUUGAUAGCUUGAAGAGGUUGUUGGGGGGUGAAAGUCCGAAUUUUUGUUAUGCUUGUUUCUCUGGGAAUUACCCUGUGGAGCCCAGAGAGCUUAAGGUGAAGAGGGUUGGGGACUUUGUUGAUGAUGGCUUGAAUGGGAGCUUGGAGUCUAUUGAUGGUGGUUGGGUUCAGGCAAACCAAAAUCAAAUCAAGCUUGGUACUGGUACUAGUACUAGUACUAGUAUUUCACAAUAAUCCUCUAUUUCUAUUUCUGGUUUUUGCAGCAUAAGGCAUCUCUCAGUGGACAAAAAUCAGAUGCAGUUCUUCAGGUGUUUUUGGUGUUGUUCUUCAUUUCAAUUGAAGUUUUACCUUGAUGAUUCGCACAAUAAUAUUGUUUUACAUUAUAGGUCAAUAUAAAUUCUCGAAGUAAAACUCUAAUUCUGACUCAAGAAAGUACUAGAAGUACUUAAGAAACUGUAUCUAAAUCUUGUCCCAUUUGAUAGUUUAAGCCUAACCGUACUACUACCUAUGUUGUGAUGUGAUGAUGUGAUGCGGGGAGGGGAAAUACUGUCAAAGCAUCCAGCUCCACUGGUGAGCUUCAUUGGUUCAUUUGGAUUCUGAAGGCCGGUGAUGCUUUUGUCAUCUGAUAUAUGGAACUUUUGUUAUUUAGAAUUUAGAACAAACCAUGGUAUAAGAACUUUGGAUGUUUUUCUUUACUCUUUUUUUUUAAUAUAUAUAGAGUUUUCUUCGAAUA